UCACCGGUUCGCCUACUUCGGUUUGUGUGCAUAGCGCAUACAGUACUGGCCCAUGUCAUGUGCACGUAUGAAGAAUUGUUACUGUGCCUGGUACUGCAACGUUUGUUCAGUUAGAAAGAAUCAUUACCAAGUUGGGCCUAUUCGAUAUUUUACAAUACGUUGUGUUUAAAAUGCAAACACCGAUAAACCCAGCCCCACAGGUUACAAUGAACACCCUAAUCCCAACAGCAGGACAACCAAAGUCAAGCAAUAAGUAUGCAGCUGAAUUUCGUGGAAUCGGGAUAGCAGAACUAGUAUUCGGAUCCAUUUGCUUCGUUUUAGGCAUCAUAGGAAUAGUUCCUCCAUUACUGCGUGAAGAUGCAUAUGACGACGAAGAGUUAUUAUUGGUAGCGGCGGGAGUAUGGGGUGGCGUUUUUAUAGCGGUAUCCGGGUUAUUGGCAUUUCUGCACUCAAAGAAUCCAACUAGUUGUUUGUUGAAAGGAAACUUGACAGUCAGCAUUCUAUCAGCGGUGAUGUCAACCGCUAUCGUUAUAGUCGGGGCGUUUUCAGCCACAAAUACGUACAUUUACUGCUAUGACUACGUUGAGAACCAGUACCUAUGCCAGGACAUGUCGCUUACUAUAUUGCACGGUAUAACUGCCUUCUUCGGAUUUGUUUCUCUCUGCCUGUCAAUCACACAAUUUGCAUAUUGCUGCAAAGCUUCAUCUGGAAACAACAAGCAAAAGCAACAGGUGAUGUCACUGCAAAACCAAGGUCACAUAAACAUGGCUUUGCAAUACCCAGGCGACGAUCCAUCACAGCCGAACGUUAUAUUUCCCAACCAACGAAUGCCAAUAGGAUAUCGUUCCGUUUUGGUGCCAAUAUAUCCGGAACAAAAUAUGUACGCAGCGAAUGCAAACCAAAAUAACCAACGAUCAGCCUUUAUGACCGAGCUUAACACCGAAGAACUUAAAGCAACGUUUGGGAUGUCUUCUUCUGACAAAGGCGAUAUUGCAAUGUGGGGCGAACCGCUGCAUUCAAGUGAUGGAAAGCAGAGCGUAGAGAAAACAAGCGGACUAUAGUGGCAGAAUGCGUCAUUAUUUCUUCAUAUAUUACCAAUCUAUCCUCAGUUUUUAAACUUGUACUGUGUAAUAAAAUCGUAAUGGUAAAUUAAAAUGGCAAGAUACGAAAUU